CGUGAUGCAGGAAAGAAAACAUCACAUCACCUCACUAAAGAAAGCGUUGCCUGUUGUUUUUGUGUAGUUGUUUUGUUAGUUGUAGAAUAUAUUAUUCCCAAGCGUUGUGAAACUACCAACAAAGAAGAAACUUUAUGUUCGUUCUCAGUUUUAGCAAAUGAACACAUCAUAACUGCCUUAUCUUAGCUACAGUAUGACGAACCCGGAAGAAUCGAGCUGGACAGGAGACGUGGAGUCCAAACUCCUUCCCAUUUAUCAACACAGACACAAGCUAAUAGAAGCUGUAAAGGAAAACCAGUUCCUGGUUGUAACUGGUGAGACCGGAAGCGGGAAAACCACGCAGCUGCCGCAGUACCUGUAUAAGGCUGGUUUAUGCAGAGAUGGGAAAAUCGGCCUCACGCAGCCGAGGAGAGUGGCGGCCAUCACCGUCGCUCAGAGAGUCUCUCAGGAGAUGGGGGUCAGUUUAGGGCACCAGGUUGGUUAUCAGGUGCGCUUUGACGACUGCACCACAAAGGACACUUUGGUUAAGUACAUGACAGACGGCUGUAUGCUGAGGGAAAUCCUAACAGACAGAAGUUUAAGGCAAUACAGUGUUGUGAUCCUCGAUGAAGUUCACGAGAGGAGCCUCAACACGGAUAUUUUGCUCGGAUUGCUGAAAAAGACUCCAUCUCGAGGCUGCCAUGGCCGCACGCUUCCUUUGAAGGUGGUAGUGAUGUCUGCGACUCUGGAAACAGACAAGCUGAGUGUCUUUUUGGGAGAUUGUCCUGUAUUUGCGAUUCCUGGAAGAACCUACCCUGUGAAAGAACUGUUCUGCAAUUUGAUUGGACCAAAGGAAAAAGAAGGUUCUGCAUACGUGAAAGCAGUGGUGAAGAUGGCUUUAGAUGUUCAUACAAAUGAAGCAGCUGGCGAUAUCCUCGUCUUUCUGACAGGUCAGUCUGAGAUCGAGAAAGCCUGUGACAUGCUCUUUGAAAAGGCCGAGUCCAUAGAUUACCGUUAUGAUGUGAAUGAUAGAACAGUCGAAGGCCUUCUUAUUCUGCCUUUGUAUGGAUCCAUGCCAACAGAUCAACAAAAGCAGAUAUUUCAGCCUGCUCCUGCAGGUGUGAGGAAGUGUGUAGUGGCAACCAACAUUGCAGCAACAUCGCUCACAAUCAACGGAGUCAGGUAUAUUGUUGAUAGUGGAUUCGUGAAACAGUUGAAUCACAACUCACGAGUUGGCCUGGACAUCCUCGAUGUGGUGCCAAUAUCAAAAAGUGAGGCUCAGCAACGAGCAGGCAGAGCUGGAAGAACUUCACCAGGGAAGUGCUUCAGAAUCUACAAUAAGGAAUUUUGGGAGAAAUGCAUGCCUGAAUAUACCGUGCCAGAGAUACAGAGAACUAGCCUCACUUCUGUUAUCCUCACCCUCAAAUGUCUUGGAGUCCACGAUGUUAUCAGGUUUCCUUACUUAGACCAUCCAGAAGAGAGAUUUAUCUUGGAUGCAUUGAAGAAGCUGUACCAGUUUGAUGCAAUUGACAGGAAGGGUAAUGUGACCACUCUGGGAAGGCUGAUGGUAGAGUUUCCUCUUCCUCCUGGGCUUACCCGUGCACUGUUAAAAUCUGCUGCUCUUGGCUGUGAGGAGGUCAUGCUUCCUGUGGCAGCCAUGCUGUCAGUGGAAAACAUCUUCAUCCGACCAGGUUGCCAUUUCAGCAACAGAACUGUUAUUACAGUGAUUACAACCAUUCUUAUUACAGUACAUACAUUUUUAUAUUUUGUCCACAAAGGUCUUCCAGAAAAACAGAAGGAAGCUGAGAUAAUGCACAGAGAGUUAGCAGCUCGUGCGGGUGGCUCUAAUGAUUUCCUCAUGCUGCUCUGCAUCUUUGAGAAAUGCAGAGCAAGUGAAAAUCCGUCUGCCUGGAGUAAAGAUCACUGGAUCCACUGGCGGGCACUCAAGUCAGCCUUUAGUGUUGAAACUCAACUCAAGGAGAUCCUUUUCCGUCUGAAACAGCGAAAGGAUUUUCCACAGGAGACAUUUAAAGGCAGCAAAAGUGAACUUCUGAGGCAGUGCCUGUGCCAGGGUUAUUUUACUAACGUGGCAAGGAGAUCUUUCGGAAAGGCGUUCUGUACUAUGGAUGGACACGGCUCUACAGUUCACAUUCAUCCAUCCUCAUCACUUUUCGGGCAGGAGGCACAGCUAGACUGGAUCAUUUUCCAUGACGUCUUGGUCACAUCGCGGGUUUAUGUGAGAACUGUAUGCCCAAUCCGAUAUGACUGGGUGGAGGGCCUGCUGCCAAAGCUGCAUGAGAUCGAUGUUUAUGAUCUGAGCAAUGUCGCUAGAGAGGAAGUAACUGAUGAGGAAAUGGCACGGUGGGAAAAGAAACGGGUAGCACAAAAACAAAUGGAGACCAAUGAAGAUGCAUCAAAAAAGCUUGAGAAGAGAAACGAUGAAAGCUCAAUCACAGAGGCUCGUGCUCGAUAUUUACAACGAAAACAGAAUCGAUUCCAGACAAAACAUUCCUGAAAAGAGAAUGCUCGUGUUCAUAAGGCGGAAAAUUUUAUUCACAUUUCUUUGUAGUAUUUUUUGAUGUUCUUGUGUCCACACCCAAAAGAUCACUGUGAUUAUUCAAAAUGUGUAAUAAAUUAUUUUAUUUUUAAUAAACGUGCAUGAUUGUAAA